GACAGUUGUCAUUUUUAUUCUUUAACCUCCAAAAUAUGGUUAGUUAUAAGACGCAAUAAAUUAUUUUAAAUUAAGUAAAACAUGUAGAAAUAAAAAGUGACGAGAUGUUACAGAUUUAUACUAAUUUAAAAACGUUCUUUGAGCUGGGCCCCAAAGAAUAUUACAGGCAGAAGUUCAAAUUGCCUCUAGUAAAGUUUGUGUAUGAAAUUGUAAAUUCCUACAAGAAAAGGACGAAACAAGGCUUCAGUAAUUUAAGGGACGUCUUAUUUAGAGGAACAGUUGUUGCCCUCUCUACUUCAGUUUUGGUGUGGCUUUCUAUACUUAUGUAUUUAGCAUUUUACUAUGCUUAUGUUCCUAAAGUGUCCCAUGAGAAACCAGUACAUCUUCAGUUCAAGCCCUGUGAAGACAAAGGCAUAUGUAGCUUCCCUUCAGCUCAUGUCGAACUCACCAAACGCCAGCAGUUGCUGAUGCUAGGGCAACUUUAUAGGAUUCAUUUAGAGUUAGAAUUACCAGAGUCACCAGCAAAUAAAGAAUUAGGAAUGUUCAUGGUAUGUGCUGAUUUUAGAGAAAGGAAUGGGUUGCUUGUCGCGAGCACUUGUAGGUCAACUAUGAUGCACUACCGAAGUAAUUUUAUAGACUUUUUAUAUAAAGCUGUAUUCAGCCCUCUUUAUAUUUUUGGAGGGGCAGAAGAAAAGCAAAACAUCCAAGUGGAAUUGUUUUCUGAUUAUGAAGAACAUGAGAAUCAACCAGUGACUGAUAUUUAUGUUGAAAUACAAACGAAACACAUUGAAAUGUAUUCUGCCAAGUUCUGCAUACACGCUAAUUUUUCGGGCCUUCGAUAUGUAAUGUUUCAUUUUCCGAUACUGUCUGCUGCCAUUGGAAUAACUUCCAAUUUAUUUUUUAUUGCUGUUGUUUGCAUGAUUAGCUGGUACCAGCUAAUAAAUUCCGAGGAAUAUAUGAAAUAUAUGGAUGAAAGGGAUAGCAAUGAAGAUCAAAAUCAGUUAGAGUAUUUCAAAGGGGACCUUGAAGACUCGUCUUCAUCGUCCUUUGAAGAACCGGACGUUUUUAAUGGAAACGAGUCUGAAAAUAAUUUUUUAGAGGAAAGGGCCACAGUUGAAAAUAUUAAUGAGUGAUCAAACACUUAAUUUAUUUAAUUAUUCGGUGAAUAAAUGUUCCGGAAAUUUACGAGGUCAGUAUCCCACACUAAAACCUAACUAAUAAUAUAUAACAAAUAGGAAAAUGUAUGUGUGAUAUAAUAAUAACAAAAAAAGGCUAUUCUACGUUACUAUAUACAUAGUUUUAUUAGACUUAACGUGUUAUUUUAUUUUAUAUCAUUGUAUAUUUAAAAGUGUUCAUUUUUACAAACUUUGCGACCGCUGCUCUUUUUUAUUUAAUUAAUUUUUUAUAGGAAACUUUAUUAUCGUUACUUAUGCGCUAUUAUUAAUAUUAUACGACAAAUUGUCGAGAACAUAAUUAUACAUUCCAAAAAUCAA